UAUAUUUUUAAUAUUUGAGGUUGGAAGACUCUACACAUCAUUCCAUUUUCACAAGGAAGCAGAGUAUCAUGGCCAUGAGACGGAAAGAUUGGGUGAUUGCGACAGCGUUAACGUUGUUGCUGUUUGUUUAUUUUCCGGCGUUCAGUUACGGACUCGUUCCUCCUCGUACGCUGCUCAAUAAGUUGUCGGAGGGCAAAUAUCUCACCAAUCAGGAGCACUGGUUCGACCAAACCCUCGAUCACUUCUCUCCCAAUGAUCACCGACAAUUCCGGCAGCGUUACUAUGAGUUCCUAGACUAUUUCCGGAUUCCCGAUGGACCAAUUUUUUUGUUAAUCGGUGGCGAAGGCACAUCCAAUGGCAUAGCGAAUGACUAUCUAGCUGUACUGGCAAAGAAGUUUGGCGCAGCUUUGGUUUCUCUGGAACAUCGCUACUACGGAAAGAGUUCUCCGUUUAGUUCUUUGGAGACAGAAAAUUUGAAAUAUCUUUCAUCCAAGCAGGCACUCUCUGAUUUGGCCACUUUUCGCCAGUAUUAUCAGGAGUCCUUAAAUGCCAAGCUUAAUAGAACAAAAAUUGAAAACCCCUGGUUCAUUUUUGGUGGCUCAUAUUCUGGAGCACUCAGUGCAUGGUUCCGUCUUAAAUUUCCCCAUUUAACUUGUGGAAGUCUGGCAAGUUCAGCAGUUGUUCUUGCUGUUUAUAACUUCACAGAAUUUGAUCAGCAGGUUGGUGAGUCAGCAGGUCCUGAAUGUAAAGCAGUGCUGCAAGAGAUUACUCAACUCGUUGAACAAAAGCUUGCAAGCAGUGGAAGCAAAGUGAAGGCCACUUUUGAUGCAGAAGAUCUUGAAAUAGAUGGAGACUUUUUUUAUUAUUUGGCUGAUGCUGCUGCUGUAGCAUUUCAAUAUGGAAAUCCAGAUAAAGUAUGCGAGCCUAUAGUUAAAGCUAAGAAGGCUGGAGAGGACUUGGUGGAUGCUUAUGCCAAAUAUGUUAAAGAGUACUAUGCUGGAACUUUUGGUGUUACUGUGCAGAGUUAUGAUCAGAAGUACUUGAAAAGAACUGAUAUUAAUAAAGACAGUUCAUCUCGAUUAUGGUGGUUUCAAGUUUGCACUGAAGUUGCGUACUUUCAGGUGGCUCCCUCAAAUGAUAGCAUUCGCUCCUCAAAAGUUGACGCAAAAUACCACUUGGACCUUUGCGAAAAUGUCUUUGGAAAGGGUACCUUUCCUGACGUUGAUGCAACUAACUUAUACUAUGGUGGCACAAAAAUUGCUGGUUCCAAAAUAAUAUUUACAAACGGCUCACAAGACCCUUGGCGCCAUGCGUCCAAACAAACUUCAUCUCCUGAUAUGCCCUCCUACGUUGUUUCAUGUUCUAACUGUGGCCACUGUUCUGAUUAUCGAGGAUGUCCUCAAGUUCCUUUCGCCAUUGAAGGUAGUGAGAAAAACUGCACCUCUCCUGAUGCAGUUCACAAAGUAAGACAAAAGAUUUCAGAAAAUAUGGACUUGUGGUUAUCCGAGUGCGUGGACACGGGCAGAAGUUUUAUAUGAUUAUUUACAUACACCAUUUGCACGAUGCACUAUAACUUUACAUCACUUUUGGAAUUUCUUUCCUUUAAAAAGAUAAUGUUUACACCCUGCAAUAUUUUGUUAAACGACUAUGUAUAAAAUGACCAAAUAUAAAGCAAAAUAUAUGUAUGCACUGUUAUGUUUAUGUAUUUA